ACCAAUCAACUUCAAUAACGGGUUUCUAGUCAAACUUAAUGGGUGAAGGUCUAGUCGAUGUGUGUACUUCAAUUUCUCUUUUGCUCUAAUAAUCUCUUAACCACUGGCUGCGGUCUGUAGUGUUUCGUUUGAUAUUUAAAAAAAUUUACUUCGGAGCAAAGAAUCGGUUUCUGGUCGCCUUUUAAGCUUCACUACUCACGUUGAACGGACGUUCCUCUCACCGCGUUUAGGUGAAGUUUCUCUGCCGGCUAUCUCUAUAACAUUCUCUGCUCUAUAGUCAAUUCGAUUUCUUCAAAAAUGGCAUUGGAACAACUAAAGACCAUGACAGUAGUGGUGGCUGACACAGGAGAUUUUGAAACCAUGAUCAAGUACAAACCUACUGAUGCAACCACCAAUCCAUCUUUACUGUUAGCUGCUGCCACCCUGCCUCAAUAUCAACAUCUUGUUCAGAAAGCUGUUGAUUAUGGCAAAAAGCAGGAUGGAGACAAUGCUGCAAAGUUGGCUGCAACGAUGGAUAAGCUGUUUGUCUUGUUUGGGGUUGAAAUAUUGAAAAUUGUUCCUGGUCGCGUUUCUACCGAAGUGGAUGCAAGACUUUCUUUUGACCAAGAAGGAAGCGUGAAGAAAGCUCUCAAGCUUAUCGAGCUGUACGCCGAAGAGGGUAUCGACAAAGAAAGAGUUCUUAUUAAAUUGGCCUCGACCUGGGAAGGAAUUCAGGCAGCAAAGGAACUGGAGGAAAAGCACGAUGUUCACUGCAACUUAACGCUCUUGUUCAGUUUCUGUCAAGCGGUUGCAUGUGCCGAGGCCGGUGUUACGCUGAUAUCCCCAUUCGUUGGUCGCAUUUUGGAUUGGUAUGUUAGCAACACUUCCACCAAAUCUUAUGCUCCGGAAGAUGAUCCUGGAGUAAAGUCGGUCACCCAGAUCUAUAAUUACUAUAAAAAAUUUGGCUAUAAAACUGUUGUGAUGGGAGCAUCCUUCCGAAACACUGGCGAGGUAAUUGCUCUUGCAGGAUGCGAUCUUUUAACGAUUAGCCCGAAGUUGCUGGAAGAACUAGAUGCUAGUACGACAACAGUCGCUAGAAAAUUAGAUGCAGAACAAGCCAAAUCUUACGAUCUCGAACGCAUUUCUUUGGACGAGAAGGCUUUCCGAUGGAUGUUAAAUGAAGAUCAGAUGGCUACUGACAAACUCAGUGAUGGCAUCCGCAAAUUCGCAGUUGACGCAGUCAAGUUGGAAACCUUCAUCAACGAGAAACUCAAUGCCUAAUUCUUCUCUUAAGGGAAG